AUGUCGCGGCGCGUAGACUGUUUAAUACAGACUGAACCACCACUGUCGAGGACAGAUGUAUACCUGGAGGCGUUCUUCCCCAGCUGGCGACCCCAACGUUCUUCCCCAGCUGGCGACCCCAACGUUCUUCCCCAGCUGGCGACCCCAACGUUCUUCCCCAGCUGGCGACCCCAACGUUCUUCCCCAGCUGGCAACCCCAACGUUCUUCCCCAGCUGGCGACCCCAACGUUCUUCCCCAGCCGGCGACCCCAACGUUCUUCCCCAGCUGGCGACCCCAACGUUCUUCCCCCAGCUGGUGACCCCAACGUUCUUCCCCAGCUGGCGACCCCAACGUUCUUCCCCAGCUGGCGACCCCAACGUUCUUCCCCAGCUGGUGACCCCAACGUUCUUUCCCCAGCUGGCGACCCCAACGUUCUUCCCCAGCUGGCGACCCCAACGUUCUUCCCCCAGCUGGCGACCCCAACGUUCUUCCCCAGCUGGCGACCCCAACGUUCUUCCCCAGCUGGCGACCCCAACGUUCUUCCCCAGCUGGCGACCCCAACGUUCUUCCCCCAGCUGGCGACCCCAACGUUCUUCCCCAGCUGGCGACCCCAACGUUUCUUCCCCCAGCUGGCGACCCCAACGUUCUUCCCCAGCUGGCGACCCCCAACGUUCUCCCCCAGCUGGCGACCCCAACGUUCUUCCCCCAGCUGGCGACCCCAACGUUCUUCCCCAGCUGGCGACCCCAACGUUCUUCCCCCAGCUGGCGACCCCAACGUUCUUCCCCAGCUGGCGACCCCACGUUCUCCCCCAGCUGGCGACCCCAACGUUCUUCCCCAGCUGGCGACCCCAACGUUCUUCCCCAGCUGGCGACCCCAACGUUCUCCCCCAGCUGGCGACCCCAACGUUCUUCCCCCAGCUGGCGACCCCAACGUUCUCCCCCAGCUGGCGACCCCAACGUUCUCCCCCAGCUGGCGACCCCAACGUUCUUCCCCAGCUGGCGACCCCAGCCUCGGACACUAUGCCCGCAUGAAUGGAAUUUUCUG